UACCUUGCCAAGCCCUUGUCCUAUGAUCUGAGCAAGCCGAUGUUCUCUUUUCUCUAAUCGGGAAUUCUCCGAUGGCGGUGGUAACUCGAUUCAACCCCACCAUCUUUCUGCCCCGCCUCUGCGCAGCUCGCUCAGUUUCUAUCGGCAAGAGGGGCUCCAAUUCUUUCCGCGCUUUCUCAACACACCACUCUCGUCAGUUCAGGAAAAUGGCGUCCACAAAGGAGUACAGACUGCUCUGUCUGGAGAACCCUCUCCUCGACAUUCAGGGGUUCGGCAAUGAGGCCCUGCUGCAAAAGUACGGUCUCAAGGCGAACGAUGCCAUCCUGGCCGAGCCAAAACACCUGGACAUCUACGAGGACCUCCUGAAUAACUACGAUGCCAAGCUGAUUGCCGGCGGCGCCGCCCAGAACACGGCCCGCGGCGCGCAGUACAUGCUGCCGCCCAACAGCGUCGUCUACCUCGGCGGCGCCGGCGACGACAAGUACGCCGCCAUUCUGCGCGACGCCUGCAAGCAGGCCGGCCUGCGCGUCGAGUACCGCGUCGACCCCAAGAUCCCCACAGGCCGCUGCGGCGUUGUCAUCACGGGCCACAACCGGAGCAUGGUCACCGACCUGGGUGCCGCCAACCACUACGAUCUCGAACACCUGAAGCGGCCCGAUAUCUGGGCGCUCGUGGAGAACGCCGAGGCCUACUAUGUCGGGGGCUACCACUUUACCGUCUGCCCUCCGGCCAUCAUGGAACUAGCCAAGCAAGCCGCGUCCAAGAACCGGCCCUUCAUCCUCUCCCUUUCAGCACCCUUCAUCUGCCAGUUCUUCAAGGAGCCCCUGGACGCGUCGGCGCCGUACUGGGACUACGUGAUCGGCAACGAGGGCGAGGCCGAGGCGUACGCGGACUCGCACGGUUUGGGGACCAAGGACGUCAAGGAGAUCGCCAAGGCGCUCGCGAACCUGCCCAAGGCCAACACGCAGCGCAAGCGUGUCGCCGUUAUCACGCAGGGCACCGAGCCCACCAUCGUGGCCGUCCAGGGCGAGGACGAGGUGCGCGAGUUCCCCGUGCACGAGAUCUCCAAGGAGGAGAUUAACGACACCAACGGCGCGGGCGACGCCUUUGCCGGCGGCUUCUGCGCGGGCAUCGUCGAGGGGCGCCCGCUGGCCGAGUGUGUCGACAUGGGCCAGUGGCUGGCCUCACUUAGUAUCAGGGAGCUUGGUCCUUCAUACCCCUUUCCUAAGAAGACCUACCCCGGCAAGUAAAGGAGAGACAAUCUCGCUACGCAUCAACCUAGGUAGAUGCGAGCAACCACCGGGUCUUUUCCAUCUCAAGAGCAGGGCAGAACCAGAGCGGUUGCCCCUUUCUUUCCUUUUUCCAAGCAAAUGGGCGUUGAGGCAAUUUAACUUAGCAUAACGCGGGGA